GGCGAAGUUUGACACACCAAGCUCAGAAGGUUGCCCAUCACUGGCCUAGAGCAUCUAGGAUGAACCAGGAAGCCAAGGCCAGCUCCUCAUGGACCCCAUUAGCUUCAAGCUGGGCACCAAGAACCAGUGGGGUUGCCUCAUGAGACUGCUCAGCAGUGACCCAGAAUGGCUGAGUGCCAAGGUGAAGUUCUUCCUCCCCAACAUAGACCUGGGCUCCAGGAACGAGGCCCCAGACCCCACACAGAGGGUCCUCCUACAACUCAGGUUGCUGCACGCCCAAGGCCUGGCCACCUGGCAGGCGUUCAUCCACUGUGUGUGCAUGGAGCUGGAGGUGCCCCUGGAGCUGGAGGUGCAGCUGCUGAGCACGUGGGGCCAUGGAGACGGGUUUCCCGGUCCUUCGGAAACUGGUGCAGAAAGCCAACCUGAACCUCAGCUCCACCAGGGCCUCAAGCGGCCUCAUCAGAGCUGCGGGUCCUCACCCCGCCGGAAGCAGUUCCGGAGGCAGCAGCUCGAACUGGCCAAGAGGUACCUACAGCGGCUGAAGACCUCGGCCCAGCAGCUCCAUGGCGGCCAGCUCCCGGGGCCAGGGCAGCCCCUCGCCUUCCACCAGGCCUACGUCCCCCCAAUCCUGCAGUGGAGCCGGGCCACUGCACCCUUCAGCACUCAGGAGGGGGCCGCGCCGGGGAGCCCCAGGGCAGAGGAUGGCGCUGACCUGAGCCUCCAGGACCUCUUCGGCCCCAGGGCGGACAAGGGCCCGCGGGUGACGGUGCUCCUGGGGAAGGCAGGCAUGGGCAAGACCACGCUGACCCGCUGGCUGUGCCGGAAGUGGGCCGACGGCCAGCUGGACCGCUUCCAGGCCCUGUUCCGGUUUGAGUUCCGCCAGCUCAACCUGCUGGCCGAGGCCCUGACGCUGCCCCAGCUCCUCUUCGAUCUGUACCUCCGCCCCGAGGAGGGCCCCGACGCCGUCCUCCAGUUCCUGGAGAGGAACGCCCAGGGCGUCCUGCUCAUCUUCGAUGGGCUGGAGGAGGCCCUGCACCCCCGGCCCAGCGCGGGGACCGCCGGCCCCGAGGCGCCGGCCCCAGCCCUCGCCCUCUUCUCUGGCCUGUGCCGGGGGACCCUCCUGCCCGGCUGCAGGGUCCUGGCCACCUCCCGUCCAGGGAAGCUGCCAGACUGCCUGCCCACAGAGGCGGCCACCAUCCACAUGUGGGGCUUCGACGGGCCGCGGGUGGAGGAGUACGCGGGCCGCUUCUUCGGCAGCCAGCCGGCCCGGGAGGCGGCCCUGGCGGAGCUGCGGGCCAACAGCCGCCUCCGGAGCCUGUGUGCGGUGCCCGCCCUCUGCCGGAUCGCCUGCCUCUGCCUCCGCCACCUGCUCCCGGACCUCUCUCCGGGCCAGUCGGCGGCCCUCCUGCCCACCGUGACGCAGAACUACGUGCAGAUGGUGCUCGCCCUCGGCCCCCGCGGGGACCGGACGGCCGAGGCCCUGAGGAGCCUGGGGGAGGUGGCCCUGAGGGGCCUGGAGACUGGGAAGGUGAUCUUCUCUGCAGGAGACAUCCCUCCCGCCACGCUGGCCUGCGGGGCUGCCCUGGGCCUGCUGACCUCCUCCUGCGUCUGCACAGGCCCCCGGCAGCGGGAGACGGGCUACGCCUUCACCCACCUCAGCCUGCAGGAGUUCUUGGCUGCCCUGCAUCUGAUGGCCAGUCCCAAGGUGGACAAAGACGCACUCGCCCGCCACGUCACCCUCAACUCUCGCUGGGUGCUGCGGACCAAAGCUAGACUGGGCCUCUGGGACCACCUCCCCACCUUCCUGGCGGGUCUGGCAUCCUCCGCCUGCCGUCCCUUCCUCAGCCACCUGGCAGAGCGGGGUGAGGCGUGGGUGGGCGCCAAGCAGGCCGCGGUCACACAGGCGUUGAGGAAGUUGGCCACGCGCAGGCUCACGGGGCCUAAGGUGGUGGAGCUGUGUCACUGUGUGGGCGAGACGCAGGAGCCGGAGCUGGCCAGCCUCAUGGCCCGAAGCCUCCCCUGCCAGCUGCCCUUCCACAACAUCCCGCUGACCUACGCCGACCUGGCUGCCCUGACCAACGUCCUGGGGCACGGGGAGGCCCCCGUCCACCUGGAUUUCGAGGGCUGCCCACUGGAGCCCCGCUGCCCUGAGGCCCUGGCAGGCUGUGGGCAGGUGGAGAGUCUCAGCUUUAAGAGCAGGAAGUGUGGGGACGCCUUUGCAGAAGCCCUCUCCAGGAGCUUGCCGACAAUGGGGAGCCUGAAGAAGCUGGGGCUAGCAGGAAGUAAGAUCACUGCCCGAGGCAUCUACCAGCUGGUGCAGGCUUUGCCCCGCUGCCCACACCUGGAAGAGGUCAGCUUUCAGGACAACCAGCUCAAGAACCAGGAGUUGCUGAACAUCGUGGAGGUCCUCCCUCGCCUGCCGAGGCUCCGGAAGCUUGACCUGAGCCACAACAAUGUCUCCAUGGCGACCCUGCUCAGCUUGACCAAGGUGGCAGUCACGUGCCCGACUAUCAGGAUGCUGCAGGUCAGGGAGGCGGACCUCAUCAUCCUUCUCUCCCCGCCUCCAGAGACAGCGGAGGAGCAACCUGGAUCCCCAGACCUACAGGGAGACGCCAGCCGGAAGGAGGCUCAGCGCAGAAGCUUGGCCCUCAGGCUGCAGAAGUGCUGGCUCACCGUCAGGGACCUGGAGGUGCUCAUAGCCCAGCUCCAGGAAGGCCCCCACCUGGAGGAAGUAGACCUCUCAGGGAACCAGCUGGAGGAUGAAGGCUGUCGCCUGAUGGCAGAGGCUGCCCCCCAGCUGCGCAUCGCCGGGAAGCUGGACCUCAGCGACAACGGGCUCUCGGCGGCGGGGCUGCCCUGGGUGCUGCGGGCGGUGAGCACGUGCCGGAACCUGGCAGACCUGCACGUCAGCCUCAUGCAGAAAACUGUGGUCCUCACGUUUACCCCGGAGCUGGAGGAGCAGGAGGGGACCCAGGAGAGGGCUGCGUUUCUUGACAGCCUUCCGCUCCAGACGUCCUCUGAGCUGCCCCCGUGCUCCCCGAGGGUCAGGCUGACACAGUGCGGUCUGCACGCUGAGCACCUACAGCAGCUCUGCACAGCCUUGGAAGGAAGCUGUCGCCUGGGCCACCUCGACUUAUCAAGGAAUGCUCUGGGGGACGAAGGGGCGGCCCAGCUGGCUCGGUGGCUCCCAGCGCUGGGCGCUCUGCAGUCCUUGAACCUCAGUGGGAACUGCCUGUCCCUGGACGCUGUGUUCAGUUUGGCCCAGUGUUUCUCUGCUGUGCAGUGGGUCCUCCACCUGGACGUCAGCUUGGAGAGCCAGCACGUCAUCCUGAGAGGCAGCAGAAGAGCCAGGCAUCUGCUGGCCGGCAGCCCUCCGCCAGAGGCCCCCGCCCAAGCCCAGUGCUCGGGGUUCGGUCAGCGCUGCGUCCCCAGGAGCUUCUGCCUCAGGGACUGUUGCCUGGAGCCCCUGAGCCUCACCCGCCUCUGCGAGGCUCUGGAGAAGUGCCUGGGGCCUCUGGAAGUCAGAUUGUCCUGCGUGGUGCUGAGCGACCAGAGCCUGGACACCCUGCUGGGGCACCUGCCCUGGCUCCCCCAGCUGAGCCGCCUGCAGCUGAGCCAGACGCCUCUGUCCCCGAGGAGCCCCUUCCUGCUGGCUCACCUCCUCAGCCUGUGCCCACGAGUGGAGAAGGUGGAUCUCAGGUCCUUGCAUGAUGCCACCCUGCACUUCAAGUCUAGCGAGGAGCAGAAAGGCGGGCGCUGUGGGUUCACGGGCUGCGGCCUCGGCCAGGUGCACGUGGAGCCACUGUGCGAGGUGCUGAGGAAGUGUGAGGACCUCAGCCAGCUGGACCUCUCAGCCAACCAGCUGGGUGACGGCGGGCUCAGGAGCUUGCUGAUGUGUCUGCCUCGGCUGCCCAUCUCGGGUUCUCUUGACCUCAGUGGCAACAGCAUCUCUCAGGAAGGUGCCCUGUGCCUGACGGAGACCCUGCCUUCCUGCCCGCGCAUCCGGGAGGCCGCCGUGAACCUGGGCUCCCAGCAGAGCUUCCGUGUUCACUUCUCCCGACAGGAGGAGGCCGGGAAGACCUUGAGGCUGAGGGAGUGCAGCUUCAGACCAGAGCACAUGACCAGACUGGCCGCUGGCCUGAGCCAGGCCUGGCACCUGACGGAGCUCACGCUGAGCCGGUGCUGCCUGGGCCUGCAGGACCUGACCCUGCUCCUGCGUCUGCUGCGGCGGCCCGCGGGGCUGCUCCGGCUCAGGGUGGAGGAGCCGUGGAUGGGCAGAGCUGGGGUGCUCACCCUGCUACAAGUCUGCACCCAGGCCUCGGGCAACAUCACCGAGAUCAGCCUCUCCCAGAGCCAGCGGCAGCUCUGCCUCCAGCUGAACUUUCCCCGUCAGGAGAACCCCGAGGCCGUGGCCCGCAGGUUGGCUCGCUGUGACCUUGAGACCCACCACAGCCUUCUUGCCGGGCAGCUGAUGGAGACGUGCACCUGGCUGCGGCAGCUCAGCUUGGCCCAGGUGAACCUCUGCCACGCCAGCUGCCUGCUGCUGCAAGGCUUCCUGCUGCCGCUGUCGGAGCUGAGGACCUUCCGGCUGGCCUCCAGCUGUGUGAGCUCCGAGGGCCUGGCCCCCCUGGCGUCUGGUCUGAGCCACUGUGGCCACCUGGAGGAGCUGGACUUGUCUAACAAUCAACUUGGCGAGGAGGCCUCCCAGGUGCUGACGGGGGCCCUUGAAGGCAAGAGCUGGCUGAAGAGGCUCGACCUCAGCCACUUCCCCCUGGACGACUCCACGCUGGCCGUGCUCACGCGAGGACUGAGCCACAUGACGCGCCUGCAGAGCCUCUGCUUGAGCCACAACCAGAUUGGAGACGCGGGUGCCCAGCACUUGGCUGCCGUCCUGCCCGGGCUGCCUGAGCUCCGGAGGAUAGACCUCACAGCCAAUGGCAUCUGCCCAGCGGGGGGCGUGCGGCUGGUGGAGUCCCUCGCGCUUUGCAAGCACCUGGAGGAGCUGCUGCUCAGCUGCAAUGCCCUGGGGGACCCCACAGCCCUGGGGCUGGCCCGGGGGCUGCCCCCGCACCUGAGGGUCCUGCACCUGCGGUCCAGCCGUCUGGGCCCAGAGGGGGCGCUGAGCCUGGGCCGGGCCCUGGAUGGAUGCCCGCACUUGGAAGAGAUCAGCUUGGCAGAGAACACCCUGGCCGGACAGGUCCCCCACUUCCGUCAGGGGCUCCCGCUGCUGAGGCAGAUAGACCUGGUUUCCUGUGAGAUCGACGACCAGGCUGCCAAGCUCCUCGCUGCCGGCUUCACGCUCUGCCCGGCCCUGGAAGAAAUCCUGUUGUCCUGGAAUCUGCUUGGGGACGAGGCGGCUGCCGAAUUGGCCCAGGUCCUGCCUCGGAUGCAGCGGCUGAAGAGUGUGGAUCUGGAGAAGAAUCGGAUCACGGCGUAUGGAGCCUGGCUCCUGGCUGAAGGGCUGGCGCAGGGCUCUGGCAUCCAAGUCAUCCGCCUCUGGAACAACCACAUCCCCCCAGACGUGGCCCAGCAUCUGCAGAGCCAGGAGCCCCGGCUGGACUUCGCUUUCUUCCCCAGUGAGCUGCAGGCCCCUCCGGGGACUUGAUGGCCACCUCAUACCCUUUGAAUCCAGACAAGUGAUGCCAACUUGCACCUGCCUGGAUGGAGGCUCAGAAAGAGCCUCAGCGGGCGCCCCUGUCCCCUGCCCGAGGAGGGAGGGACACGCGUGUCCUGCUACAGUCUUCAGGGAGGACUUUGUGAGAACCAGGAGCCUAGUGUGGCCUAUAGACUACCUUGCAUCACAUGUGACAUGCAUGACCAGUAGGGACAUGUGGCAUAAGGAGGGUGUCAUGAUGUGAUGCAUGACACAGAAGGUCACAUGUGGCAGAGUUCCAUGUGACAUUCCAUGGAACUUGCAGUGUGGCCUGUGGCUCAGUGUCAGGGGUCCUAGCACCACACAUGAUAGGACACAUGAUUGGUGGUUCCUAUAAAACACAUGACCAAUGUCCAUGUCAUCGGACACGUGGCUGGCCCGACGCCCUCAGGCUGGCCCAAGGUCUAAUGUAUUACUUUUUAAAAGCCAAGUGUGUGUUUAUAGGUCGCACCUCCAGAGCAGCUGAGCCAGAGCCUGUCUCCCCUCGGGAUGGAGGGCGGGGAGGGUCUGAGCACGGGCCGGCCCUGUGAACCAAGACAGGGACUCGGCACCAGGCUUCAGGGUGCGCCCCCUCCUGCCUCAAGUCUCAGUUUCCCCAUCAGUAAACUGGUGACCCCUCCCCCUUAAAUGCUGACCUACACGGUCGGCGGGCCCAGGUCCAGGGGGAGCCAGCUUGACCUGUGGAUGGAUGGGGCCCAGUCUGUCCUGUGUAAGGGACAAAGCCAGGUCUGAGAUAAUGAGGCAAGGCCAUGGGGUCCAGCCACUACCUCAGCAAGACCCAGGGAGCUCCUAGGGGCUGCAUACGUUACACAGUGUUCUUGUUACUCCCAAGAGGGCGCCAGGAUGGCCCAGCUACCCUCUAAGCCACGUGUGACCAAUAAAUGUGAUGGCUUCUCA